CUGGGGGCGCUGUGAGUGCUGUGAGGAGGCGGCACCGCCUCCGGCCCAGCCCGGCCCGGCCGGGCCCAGCUCGGCCCAGCCCGCCUGGCCCGGUGGCCACCAUGCCGCGGUACUGCGCCGCUACCCGCUGCAAGAACCGCGGCGGCCAGAGCUCCAAGGACCAGCGCAAGCUCAGCUUCUACCCACUCUGCAUGGACCAGUCCCCAUCCCAGGCCUGCAGUAACCUCUGCCCUGUUGUGGCUACGUGGCUAUCCCUUCCCAGGAUGGUGAGUUAUAAAGAGCGUUUCACAAUCCUGAGAGAAGCACAAUGCAGAUUCCCACUUCAUGAUAAAGAGAGACUUGAGAAGUGGUUGCGGAACAUGAAGCGGGAUUCCUGGACUCCAAGCAAGCACCAGCUCCUCUGCAGUGAUCAUUUCACCCCCGAUUCCCUGGACGUGCGGUGGGGGAUACGGUACCUGAAAAAUACCGCUGUGCCAACUAUCUUCUCUUCCCCAGAUGAUGAGGAAAAAGAUUCUUCUCAGAACAGUUCACAGCAGGUACAGAAAAAAGACCAGGAAGAAACAAAUGUUGUGUCAGAGAAAGUAUCUCUACCAUUUGAACCUUGUACACCAAAGAAAAAUUCUGUAAUUGCACAAAAUGUAGAGGAAAAAGUGGAAGUGGUUUGUUCAACUGCGCUGAGUAAACCUUUACAAAUUCAAAACCUGCAGCUUCCACAUGAAGGUGGCUUUCAGGCAGACAGUGUCAUUCUUGAUAGUUCAUCUAGGCAGUACAUACAUCAGCCUAAUCCUAUUCUAAUGACAGCAGCAGUCCAGAGCAUGGAGGCUACUGGUGUCCAUACUUCUAUAGAGGGUUCAGAAGGUUGUACAGCUACAGUCCUGCAAUUUACAGACCCUGACUGCUUGAAUUCAUCUCUGAACCUGAACAAUGAUUUAGGGUCAGUUACUGACUAUGCAGUUGAAAAUUCUGUCCCUCACGUGGUCUGUUCUGGUGAAAUGCAGACAAGUGAAGAUGCAGUUUUACUGAGUACACUGACACAAACUAUUGAACAGUUCAGUGGAAGUGAAGAGUCUGUCAUUGCUAUUAUUAUGCCUGCUGAGAGUCCAGAAGAACCUGAAAGAGUAAAUACUUCUUUCCUGCCUGUUAAGGAAGAGUGUCUUGACACAGAGGAGACAGAAAUGUUUGAAUAUGAUGGAAAUGACAUCCUGCAGACUGAGCAUUCAUACUGCAGACAAGACAUAGACAGAGAUCACCUUUGGCAAAAAAUUUCAAAACUCCACUCUAAGAUAACUUUACUUGAGAUGCAAGAGGUAAAAACUUUGGGAAGACUCAGGUCCUUGGAAGCUCUUAUUAGACAAUUGAAGCAAGAAAACCUGCUUUCUGAAGAAAAGCUGAAGUUGGUAGAAAACUACUUCACAACCCUUGAAGUGACUAUGAUACAGUAAAGGCUUUCAGUUGAUGGUUCUCAAAUACCUUUUUAACCUCUUUAAGUGUACUUUUGGACAAAUCAACUUUUUUUUCCAGUUGUGGUGUUUUAAACAUCUAAUGAAAAUCAUGUGAAUAGCAUUCUUUAAAAUGUUACAUCAAACAAAGCUAAGUGGUAGAAUGUUGUCUGUAAAACAUGACCGGCAAGUAAAAUUUGAAAAAAACCUGAAUUGGGCGAAGUUUUCUUAAAUGUGUGAAUCAAGUCAGUAAAAGAUAAUUUAACCCUUUCUUAGGUGCAGGCUUCUCUGAAACAUGCAAUGCUUGCACUGGGGACAGCAGUAGAAUGGACAGAAUAAGCAUAUAGGAUGAACAAUUAUAUAUGUACAUACAUGCAUUGUCCAGUGAGGUCAAAAUUGCUCUUUAGUUUUUUGUUCAUCUAACAUUUGUUCUGAAAAUUUUUUUUACAUUUUGAUCUUAUUAAAAUUGUUUCUGCAUAAAGGGUGUUUUCUUUCAUUUGUUUCUAGAAACAAAAAUUCUCAUAAGACUGUGGUUGCAGUCGACAGGCCCAUCUCAUUUUCUCAUUUUUAGUUUUUUUUGUUACGAUUCAG